AUGCUGAGUAGACAGAGCGUCGCAUCCCAUGGAGGGCUGGAGCAGCAGUGGUCUGCUGCUGCUGUUCCGGAGUCCUCCCAGAGCAGCAAAAGCAGCACCUUUGUGCAGCAGCAGCUCAGCAGCGAAAGCCGAGCACCAGCAGCAGAGCGAUCCGCCGCACCCUCAACAGCUGCUGCUGCUGCUGCUGCUGCUGCACCAGCAGCAGCCGACAACAAGCAGCAGCAAAGCCUCUCCGUUUCGUCUCUUGUUGGAGCCCUCGUGCCGCUUCCUGUGCGCCCCCCGCCAUCUUCCUCCUACAGCCAUGCAAGCUUUUGUGCUGCUGCUCCUGCUGCUGCUGCUGCUUUGCCGCCGCUGGUGCGAAUUGUUGCGGUGUCUGCUCUGCUGACAUCUCCUACCUUUUGCUGCAGUCAGGCAAUUUCGCAGGCUGAAACAGCGGCAGCAGCAGCAGCAGAUGCGGCAGCAGAAACAGCAGCAAGAGCAGACGCAGUUGCUGCUGCUGCGGGGUCCUUCCAAAAGGGCAGCAGCAACAUUGAAACCCCAGAGGACAAACAGCCGCAGCAGCAGGAAGCAGCAUUUCUGGGGUCCGCUGGGGCGGAGACGGCAGCAGAAACUUCUGAGGAGUCUGGCGCAGCAGCAACAGCAGCUACAGCAGCAGCCACAGCAGCAACGCUGCAGCACACAGUGUCUGCUACCCUAACGGAUGACUGGCUCACAAGAGGAGGGGAGAGCGCAGCAGCAGCAGCAGCGGCUGCUGCAGCUGGUGCUGGGGCCGGUGGGCCCUUCGUUUACGCUGCUGCGAUCCAUGACUGCGUCAGUAUGUGCUGCAGCAGCAGCAGCACCAAGCAGCACGCUGCUCUGCGGCGCUGUGUCUUUCUGCUGCAGGUGCCGUGGCAGCUGACUGUGCGGUUCGUAGACAGAGUGACAGCAGCGCGAUCGUUUGCUGCUGCUGCUGCUGCUGUGGCUCCUGCUGCUCCUGCCCCCCGCUGCAGCAGCAGCUGGGACGAUGCUCUCCCCGCGUGGUGCAGAAGCAGCAGCAGCCACGACUUCCUUAAAACAAUGCUGGGGCCGGGGGCUUCUCGGAUGCCGUGUGAAGUGCGCUGUGUCCCGCUGCUGCCUGCUGCUGCUGCUGUAGGCAGCAGAGGCGACGGGGCACUGGAGGGCUGCUGCAGCAGCAGCUCGCAGCACUCGUCUCACCGCCUUGGCCUGGGAAUCUGCAGCAACAGCAGCAACAACAGCUUGUCGUCUCUGGCUUCGGCCAGGGGCGUUCUGGGGCCUUUCAAGUGUGUUUGUGCUGCCUCCACCACAGCAGCAGCAGCAGCACACCAGCAGCACCAACAGGGCCUCUGCAGCAUCCCCUUGUCUGCUCGAGCUCUGCCGCUGGUGCUGCAGGACCGCUGCAGCAGCAGCAGCUGCUGCUGCUCCAAGUCGUUACGUUUGGGCCCUCCAGGGGUACCCCGCCGCCCGCCGGACUUGUGCUACUGCUGCAGCGCAACGAACAGCAGCAACUGCUGCGGCGGCGUUCGCCUGCUGCAGCAGGCGAAACUGCUCUGCUGCUGCCAGCACACAGAGUACAUUGUUGGGGCUGCUCUUUUGGGGCCUUCUGCCGUGUCCCCUCUCUUGCUGCUAGCUACUGGCUGCAGCAGCAACACCUACCUUUGGUCUUUGCAGUCUCCCACGCUACUUCAGCUAUGCGGAAGGAUAUAUAUGCCGCCUCUGCAGCCGCAGCAGCAAGAGGAUCAGCAGCAAGAGGUGCAGCAAUACAAAUACGCAUUGCUAGAGAGUGACGAGAGGCAGCUGCAGCACUCGCGUGUUGCCUUCGGCUUUGAGUCUUCCUCUCCCUUUGCUGCAGUGCCGAACAUGCAUGUUCUCUUCGUGUAUCUGCCCUGGUCUCAUCAGCAGCAGCAGCAGCAGCAGCAGCGGUGCGUGGUAGGAGCCUUCAUAGUAGAUGGGCUGGCCAGGGGCGCCCGGGGUCUCCCUUCGCUGCAGCAAGUAGCAGCAGCAGAUGAAAUUCCCCUUUCGUCUUUUCAUGUUGAUGAUAUAUCGGAGGUCGUUCUUGCGGAGCCCAACCUUUGGAGUGACAUGAUGUGCAUCUCCGUCUCAUCCGCCUCAGAGCUCGACAACUUACUGGGGGCUCCUGGGGCUGUCUUGGGAGCUGCUGUCUUCUCAGGGGUUCCAUUAGCUGCGGGCAGCAUUGCAGCAACUCCAGCCUUGCUGCAUGCUUCGCUGCCCGCGGGCUCUGGCCUUCCUGCAGCAGCAGCAAGUGCUGCUGCUGCACCCGCAGCGGAGACUCCGCAGCUGCUGUGGGGCGCCCUCAGCGGCUUCCUCUCCUGUCUUAUUCCCCCCUGUCGCAUGCGAGUGCUCACGGCGAAGGGGGACGAGCUGCUGCUGCUGCUGUCUCCGGUGCUGCUGCGCAUUCCGAAGGACAGCAGCGGCAGCAGCAGCAAGGCGCUGCAGGUGCGCUACGCAGUAAGGUGUCUGGCAAGUUCCUCGCUGCUGACUGAGCUGCCCGCGCUGCGCUGCUUCUGCAGUGAGCAGCGGCAGCAGCAGCAGCAGCAAUGUCCUGUUGAAGACCUUGGGGUUCUUGAGGGAGACACGGAAACCUUCACUGGCAGCAACGCGAGCAGCGUGGAAGCAGAGGAGGGCGGCAGUCCCUCGGCAGCUGCAGCAGCAGAAGCCUCCGCUGCAGCAGAAGGUGCUCCUGGAGCGGCGGUGUCUGCAGCAGCAACAGCAGAAACAAAAGGCGGGUUGCUGUUCCGGGGAUUCUCGUCGCUUCCGCAGCAGGCUCUGGAUCUCGCCUGGUCUGCGGAGACAGGUUUGCUGCUGCUGUGGUCUAGUGAGGGGCUUCGUGGGGGUGUUUCUCCCUUGCUGUCUCUCCAGUCAGCCGCGCUGCAGCAGCAGCGGCAAUUACUGCUGCAGCAGCCGCUGCAGCUGGGCUGCAGCCCUGCCUCAACAACACACCUGCCAGUGGUGUCUUGGGCGUCGUUCCUGCCUGCAUCUUUUCUCGCGCUGCUGCAGCAUCAGCAUCAGCAGCAAAAGCAGUUUCAGCAGCAGCAGCAGCAGCAGCGACAGGAAGGGCAGCUGCUUCUGCUGGCCCCAACGGGGCGUUUGCCGCUUGUACUUUGUGCUGCAGCAGACGGGCGGCAGCUGCUGCUUCUCCAGGUUGACCCUGCUGCCUCAGUUCUAGGGGUGCAGCAGCUGCAGCUGUUGCUGCUGCACCCAGAACGCGGGGAGCCCGUAGGCCACAUGGCGGACCUAAACAUGGAAGCCAUUGUGAAUCUUUUCACUGCAUCGCAGCAGCAGUUUUAUGAGCAGCCGCAACAUAUGCAGCAGCAGCAGCAGAAGCAGAGUCAGCAGGCCCUGCUGCUGGCUGCGCAAAUUGUGGAACUGCCCCUUGCUUUGGCCUUUCCUGACGCAACGACUUCUUUGCUGCUGCUACUGACUGUUUCGCUUCCUCCCAGGCAGCGGCAACAGCAGCAGCAGCAGCAGCAGGUCGCGGAAAGGGCUCUCUGGUUACUAGUCUUUGCAGUCGAUUCACGCUGCUGCAUCGUGCAGCAGCAGCAGCAUUCGCACAAAGUAGAAGCAGGAACCGGGUUAGCGCUUUCGCUAGUUGGAGCCUGGAGAGAUGCGCGCGGGGCUGCAGCAGGAGCAGCAAUUGGUGCUGCUGCAACAGGUGCCUUGAACUUCAGCAGCAGCAGUUUCUCGCUGGAGGGCCACCAGCUGCCGCUGCAGCAGCAGACAGCUGCUACUGUUUUGACCCCGGAGCGCCUCGCUAUUGUGUCUCCAUUUUGGCUGCAGGAGGAGCGGCUUCAGCAACAGCAGCAAGUGCUUCGGUCCCAUUCGGUGCCACUUUUGUUGCCGCCGAAGGAAAAGACAGUGUGCAAUGCAGCACCAGCAGCAGCAGCAGCAGCAGCGGCCUCACCAGAGCAUGCUCUGAUUUACUGUCUGCGUAUCUUCGCCUCGCCAAUCGGCAAAAGGCCCUCAGCCACAGAUGCAGCAGCAAGUUCAGCAGCAGCAGGAGCAGCACUUUCGCUUCUGGCAGCUGCCAGCAUCCCUGGAGAAGGAAGCCGCAUUCGUGCAGUUUCUUUGCAGCCCGACAGUCUCGUGCUGCAGUGCAGCAGGACGCUUGCUGCUUUCGUCUUUUCCCUUCGCGCCCUGCCGCUGCUGCUGCCGCCCUGCGCCGCAUGCAUCGGCAGCAGCAGCAGCAGCAGCAGCGAGUGGGAGCAGCGAGUGGAUGAGGGCCUCAUUAGCUUGCUGAUGCUGCAGCCAGACGCAUCGCUUUCCGCUGUCUUGCAGCGCCCAGGUGCUGCUGCCUCGAGUGCCUCUUUUGCUGCUGUGGCAUUGGCCGGGGACCAAGCAGGAGAUGUCUCUUCUAGCUUGCUUCCAGAUGGCCGUCUGGCUGUCCUGGUGAAGUCUCAGCAGCAGCAGCAGCAGAGUGCGGCUGCUGCUGCUGUCGCUCCAUAUGACCACAUUGCAGUGUACCUGCAGGACAGGGUAAACGCUGCAGCAGGAGGUGCAGCACCAAGGGAGUGGCUUUGUGUCUUUGCUUCUUCCCGAAGCAGCAGCAGCAGCACUGCGUGUGUAUAUGAUGCUUGGUGGUCAAGUGAUGGCUCGCUGCUGGUGCAGAUGGAGGCGCCGGGUGCUGCAGAGAGCAGCAGUGCCCGCAGCAGCAGCAGCAGCAACUCGUUUUUCUGCUUCCGACAGCUGUCUGGGGAGCUGCUCACUGCAGCACGAGGAGUAAUUCCCGUGGCUGUGUCGGCAGGAAGCGAGGUGUGGGGCCCUGCUCCUGCUGCUGCUAUUGAAGCUUUUCGCGCAGAAAGAGAAGCAGCAGAGCAGCAACAGCAACAGCAAGUGCACGCGAUGACUGCAGCAGCAGCAGCGAUCAAUGUGGCCAUGGCACGUGCAAGGCAACAGCAGCGCCAGCAGCAGCCCGGAGCUGCUGAUGUGCAGCAGAUGCAACAAUUGCAGCUGCAGCAAAAGCUAGAUGCCCUAGCCAGUGUAGACCGGACAACGCAAAAUCAUGGAAGCUGCUGCAUGUACAGUCCAGAGGUGCUGCAGCAGCUGCUGCGCUGUGGCUACGCAGCAACAGCACGCUGGCUGCUGCUCGUGCUGCUGCGGUGUCUGCUAGCUGCGGGGCUGCCCCCGACUCUUCCAAAGCAGGAGCAGCAAGAGGCAGCAGCAGAAGCAGCACGGCCUGAUGCCCCCUCCAGUUUGGAAUCCUUAACCCCCGACGCCGAACACCAUUUGGCGUCGGAGGCAGGGGAGGUUUGCUGUUGCAUAUGUGGGGCUGCCAUCGCUGUGGGGCCAGCAAGAGCAGCAGCAGGAGCAGCAGCAGGAACUGACGGCGCUGCUGCUGCUGCUGUCUGUGCUGACUGCCAGCCAAAGACGGGCUGCGAGCUUGCGCGGCUGCUGCAGCAGGCCAUGGCUGCAGCGGGGUGUCUUUUGACAGAUCUAAUCUCGCAGCAGCAAGCAGCACAAUACCAGCAGGACCUGCUGCAGAAUCAGGAGCUCACUGCAGCAGAACAGCACAGGUUGCUGCAGCAGCGCCGCUGCUGGCCCAGAACUUCUGCGGCAUACGUACAGUGGGCACAGCGCUGCCUUCCCUCAAGCCUGCAGCCUUCGCCUGCUGUUGCUGCUGCAGCAGGUGCUGUGGCAGCUGCAGCAGGCCCAGAGAGUCACCUCACACAGUCACUUUUGAGUGCUAGAGGUGACUCGCUUUGGCAGCAGCAGCAGCAGCAGCAGCAGCAGCGGGACUGGAUGGAUCGCGUAGGCGGUGGUUUGUCGGGUUCCUUGUUUCCAGCUGCAGCAGCAGCAUCAGUCACAGCAGGAGCUGCAGCAGCAACAAACAGCCGGGCUAAGCCUGCUGCUUUUGGUCUUUUUGGACCCGGGGAUGAGGGGCCCCUUGGAGCUUCUGAAGAUGACCCAUUUGAUGUCAGGGCACUUCUGGGUCUUGACACUUCAAAGGAGGCCCCUGGGGAUACUUCUCAAGAAUCAUCUGAAGAGGUUUUUGAAGACCGCCCCGCUGCACCAGCUGCUUCAGCGGCAGCAGGCGGCACAGCAGCAGCAGUCAGCGAGGCUGCAGCAGCAGGGCCACAACAGGCAGCGCCGACAGCAGCAGCUGCAGUUCUCAUGGCACCUGUCCGCGCUUUGCCCACCAACGAUGAAUAUGAGCAGCUGCUGCAGCUGCUGCAGCUGCCGCUUCCGGGUCUCGCGCUGCCGCCACAGAAGCAGCUACUGCUGCGGUGUUUUAUUCGCGUGCUGCAGCAGCUCGACCAGAAGCAGCAAGAGACCUUGCGAACAGCUGCAGCUGCAGGUUUGGCUGCAGACUUCCCUGCUGCUGCCGGCACUGCAGCAGCUGCAGCUGCAGACGUUGCUGAUGCAGCGAGGCAAUUCGCAGCAGUAGGGGACAACAAUCACAGUAACGACGCCAACACAAGCAGCACGCCCAACGACAUUGAGGCUGCUGCACGGGAAGUUGCUGCUGCUGCUGCUACAGCAGCGAAAGCCGCAGAAGGCAGCCUACAGAGCUGCAGCACGGACAGCAGCCGCCAGCGAUUUUACACGGCGUUGCUGUUGCUGCGGGAAGCAGAGCUCGCCGUUGCUGAGCAGCACAAGCAAAUGCAGCAGCAGCAGCAGCAGCAGCAGCAGCAGCAGGCUGCCCAGGAGCGACAGCAGCAGCAGCUGCAGGGAACCUCUGGCUCAACCUUCUCCUCCCCGAGCAGCUCAUCUUCUUUCGGGCGGCCGCCCCUCUCUGGUGCUGCUGCGCCCUCUGCUGCUGCUGCUGCAUUGCCAGCAGCAGCACUGCUCAGCAGCGAAGACAUCUGCUGGUGCUUACACGCUGCUGCUGAAGAAGACUUGAUGCAGCAGGUGGUGCAGCAGGCGAGAGAAGCCCAUCCUGAGCGCCGCCUUGUGUGGCCUCAUCUUCGCUUGCGGGGCGUUGGCUUCUGGCUUAGAAGCCCCUCUACUGUCCGGCAGCUCUGCGACUUUCUAUUAGCCGAUGCUGUCCAAUUAGCAGCUGCAGAGCAGCAGCAGCAGCAGCAGGGAUCGCUCAACUUUCGGGGAUCUGGGGAGGAGGGAACAAGUCCGCUUCCCACGGGGGCAUCCAGUGCUACUGCUGGGGCGGGGGCUGCUCAGCAGCAGCAGGGGCCUUCAGCAGCAGCAGCAGCAAGCCCUUCUGACCUAGUGGCCUUGUGGGCAGCUGUGAGCGGGAAAAAGAGCCUAAUUGUGGCUUCUUUCAAAGCCCAAGGGAACGCAAAGGUGGUGGAGUUUCUGCAGUCCGACUUCGCAGACCCCCGCUGGCGCUCAGCAGCAGAACGGAACGCCUUUCGCCUUUUGACUCACCGCCGGCCUUUUCUGGCUCUGGCCUUCUUUUGCCUGGCCUGCAGCUACAGGGAAAUCGCGGAUGUUUGCUGCAGGCUGCUGACUGACACACAGCUAGCCCUCUUCUUGUGCAGAGUCGGUGCGGCCGUUUCCUCUCCCGGGGCGCCUCCUUUAGGGACAGAUUAUAACACAGGGGCCCUCCAGCAGCAGCAGCAGCAGCAGCGGAAUGCGGCUGCAGCAUCAGGCAGCAGGAGCGACUCCUCAGGUCUUGCUGCUGCUGCUGCUGAUGGUGCUGCUGCUGAUGCAGCCGAAAUACGCGGAGACUUUCCACCAAGUCCACUGGCAUGUGAUGGCUCUCCUGCUGCUGAGUACAGCAGAGUGCUGUUGCAGAGGCUGCUGCCGACUGCAGCAGCAGAAGGGGACAUCUGGCUGCGCUUUUGCUGCUACUGGCUAGCAGGGCACUACUCGAAAGCGUUUGACGCUCUUCUGCCUCCUUAUGCUGGGGCCCUGCAGCAGCAGGAGCAGCAGCAGCCCCCGCAGCAGCCUCAGCAGCAGCAGCAGGAAGUGCUGCCCUUUAACCCGCGCACGUACUUGCAAGGCGUUCAGCAGCAGCAGCUAGGGAGGCCGUCAAGUCCUUUCGGCAAUUUGCCGGCAGAAAGAACGGCGUCAGCAGCGGGAGCAGCCUCAGGAGGAGGAGCAGCAGCAGCAGCAGCAGAAGAUGAUAGGGUGUAUGAGGGAGGCUGCUGGCGUGUCGCCUCUCCUUCUCUGUCUCUCAUUCUCUUUCGAGCAGCAAUUAAGCAGACUUUGCCGAUGCGUCGAGCGCAGCAAAAGCACAAAGAGAAACACCUGGAGCAGCAGCGGCAGCAGAGUUCCGUACUGGAGUCUUUCUAUGGAGUUGACGACAGCAUGAGGAGCAGAUGCACCAGCCGCACGAGCAGCAGCAGCAGCUGCAGCAGAAGCAGCAGCAAGAGGUGGGGCAGCCCUAUUGAAGGCUCAAGGACAGCUUUUGCUGCAAGUGGCAGCCGCAGCCGCGGCAGAAGAUUCAGCAGAACUGAUAGUUUCUUUGCGUCGCUCCGAGAUCUUCCUGCAGCAAACAGCGGCGACAGCAGCAGCAACAACAACAACAGCAGCAGCAGGGCGAGGAAGUGCCGUAUUUGCUGGUGGGGUUUCGUGGAUCCAGCAGGUGCAGCAGAAAGUGACAUGUACCUCUUGAGCUGUCUAUACACUCGAGACAGGCAGCCAUUCCUCGCUGCUGUUGCUGCUGUCUCGCUGCUGUCGCUGCGGGCCUCCCGCUGCGCCACUUUGAAGGCCUUAGAUGAAGUAUUUUCUCCAAGUAGUUCAGAAGAAGCCCCUGAGCAGAAUGCGCUGCUGCCAGACGCGGCACUUCCAACGAUUUGGGGGGCUCUGCAUGCGUUUGCUGCUGCUGCAGCCCCACCCUUGCUCUACUCUGCUGCGCUGCAGCAACAGCAGCAGCACCAGGGACCCUCAGCAGCAUCUGUUUUCAGGCUCCUCGACUUGCAGCCAAGUCUGCUGCUUCUGCUGACAGCUCCCGCGUGGCAGCCCUCAGUUGGCGCCCAUCGCUGCAACGACAGCGACAACAACAACAGCAGCAGCAGCAGCAGCUUAGCUUCGUUGCUGCGAAACAGCACGGACAGCCAACACCCACAAGUUCUGUGUCUGCCCACUGACGUUACUGACAACGCCUUGCUGAUGCUGCUGUCAUCUUUGGAUUUGACAAUUGAGCUGUACAGUCAGUCCGCGCUGCUGCUGCUGUCGCCGCUGCUGUCAGGCAUCCGCUGCAGCAGGAAAGCGCUGCUGUCUCACUGCCCCUUCCGUCCUUGCUGCAGCUCGUCAGCAGCAACAGCAGCAGCAGCAGCAGAGGAAGUGCAGGAGGCCUUGUCGCUCCCAGCCGAAGCCAACACCACAGAGGGCCCCAACAGCGGCUCCAGCACUCCAGUCUUAACACCAAGAAGUCAAGAACUGCUGCGGGGGUCAAGUGGGCGUUCGCUGCAGCAGGCUGCUGCUCGUCUUUCUCUGUCGUUGUGCCUUCGUGUUGCAGCUCCUGCUGCUGCUGCGAAGAGAGUGGCAAGGUGCAGCAGCAGCUGCUGCGGCAGCAGCAACCCCAACCACAGAAGCAGCAACGGCGGCUCGGCCACGCGUCUACAGUGCCCAUGGGCAGUGCAUUCUGCGCUGUUUGAUUUGCUGCAGCAGCAGCAGCAGCGGCGCGGGGCGCGGCGCCUGCUGGCAGCAGCAGCAAAAGGUGCAUCGCCUUCCUCCUCUUCACAGUCACUUGCUGCACCGGAGGGCCCUCUUCCUGGAAGCUCCUUAGAGACGGAAACAGACAGUGUCUUUGUUGCUGUCUCCUCUCAGCUUGUUGCGCUGGCUCACGCGCAGCUGCUGGCAGCAGCGGAAGCAGCAGCAGAUGCACGCAGAAUUACUGCUGCUGCAGCUGCACUGCAGAACCAGCAGCAGCAGGCCCUGUACGAAGAGGGGUCCUUCAGCAUCUCUGCUGCCGUGGCAGGCCUUAUACUGGUGCCAUCCUGCAGCACUUCAGCUGCUGCUGCUACUGGGGAUCCAGCUGCCGGUGCUGCUGCUGCUGCAGAUGACUCCUCUUCCCACUUCGGCAUGCCGGUGCUGCUCCCGCUGCUGCUGCAGCUGCUGCGAGACACCCUGGAGAUGCCGUCUAUACACCCCAAAGUCUUGGGAGUACCAGCGCUGUAUUGUUGCCUGAGCUCCUGCGUCAGCGAGCUGCAGCAACAGUUGCAGCAAGAGUGUUGCUGCUGCAGCUGCAGCAGCUGCUGCACUUGCAGCUGCAGCAGCGACAGCGGGUGUGGAGAAGCCGCAUUGUCGUUGCUGGAGCUGCGGCGGCUUUACAGUGUCUCAGCUGCCUGCUGCUGCGGCUUGGCCUUGAGCUUGUUUUCGUGUAUGCCUUCUGUCUUCUCCUCCGACAGCAGCAUGCUGCUGCAGCACAUGCCGUCCGCAGCAACUGCGUCGGCAGCAGCAGCAGCCGCAGCAGCGCCUCUGGGCUCGGAGGGUCCCGCAUUGAAGAGAAGCAGCAGCAGCAUUGGCAAGCCACAUGCAGCUGUUUUGUCUAGAAGCAACAGCAGCAGCAACAACAACAAAUGCGAGGAGGACAGAAUGCUGUCGCUAGCACAUCAGGUGGCAAAACUGCUGCAGUUGAUUCUUUCCAGGCCUCGAUGUCUGCUGCUGCAGCAGGAUGUGCUGAAGCUGCUGCAGCAGAUCCUGGAGCCGCGCUGGGUCGACAUUUCCCACACAAAUGCAGCUGCAGCCGAAAGAGGAGGGGCAGCAGCAGCAGCAGCAGCAUCAGCGCCUGCAUUUGCUCUUGCUGCUUGUGUUGCAGUUAGAGUGUUCGAGUUUCUCGUGGAAGCAACACAAGCUGUACAAACAGAGACACAGCGCACAGCAGUAGCAUUGCUGGGGCAGCAAGCUGUGCUGCUGCAGCAGCACCAGCAGCAAGCGCAGCAACAGCAAUAUGAGCGGCAGCCUACAAUCUCUAAUAUGCCUCUGCAACAUCAACAGCAGGACUCUACAACGGCAGCACGUGCAACAGCAGCGGCAGCAGCAGCAGCAGCAGCAGCAGAAGAGGCAUACUCCCUUUGCAGCAGCUUUUAUUGCCUGAACUCGUCUCUUGUUGAGUUUCUUGGGACACAGUUGCGGCCUGUCUUCAUGCGCUCUCUGCUGCCUGCUGCUGCAGGGCUGCUCCCGCUGCUAUGCGACUCGCACACGCACUCCACUUCAGCAGCAGCAGCAGCAGGCUCAGCAGCAGCACGGCGCACGUCUAUGCUAAGCGCAGCAGCAGAGAGCUGGGGAGGAAGAGGGAUGGGGUGUUUGUGGGACGACCUCUGCUGCUGCAGCCGCAUGCAGUGGGCGCUGCAGCAGACAUCCUUUCUCCCGCUGCAGCAGCUGCCGCCACCCGCGCUGCUGCGUCCGCUGCUCCACAGAAACUCUCUGUUGCAGGCAGUGCGCCACCUUACCAACAGGCAGCAGCAGCAACACCACCACCACCACCAUCACCAUGUAGACCACCACCAGCAGCAGCAGCAGCAACAGAAGCAGCAGCAUGUGCACCCGCACAGUCACAGCAAAGACGGGCAAGGCGAGGAUCACGUGUUGCAGCUAGACGAGCUGCAGGAGCAGAUUGAGAACAAGCAUUUGCAGCAGCAGCAGCAACAGCACUUUGGUCCUGAUGCAGCACACCACCAUAAUGCAGCAGCAAGGGAGCGGCACGCCGCAACACCUUCCUGCAACAGCCCCACGCCCAGGGGCUCCAGUAGGCGUUUCAGCAGCUGCUUCCCCACCCAAGAUAAGGGGCAGCAGCAGGAGAACCAGCAGCAGCAGCAGCACCAGCAGGUCAUUUCAAGCCGUGUAGCGGAGCACAUGUUAGCAGCCACCUGCCUCCCUGCUGUUCCUGUUGUUGCUGCUGCACUUUUCCCUGGGUGGCUCGUGCAGGCUGCAUGCAGCAGCAGCAACGGCAGCAACGCCUUCGAGGUGGUAAGGCACAGCCACAACCUGAAACCACUGCAGCAGCAACAGCAGCAGCAGCAGCAGCGACAGCAAGAGGACGGCAGCAUAGCUGCCUUAAGCUCGCUAGUACAGGACUGGGCCGUGCUGCCGCUUGGAGCGUUAUUGGGGUCAGUUAUUGCUGCGUGCAGCUGCAGCAGCAGCAGCAGACACACCAUUCCUGCUGGCCUUUCUGUAUCUGGGGAUGUUGUGGCGAGUGUAUCUACAUCUGAGGGGCCCCCAAGGGGCCUCCGCUCGCUAUCAAUGCCCUUGUCGCUGCUUGGGCUGGCUACCCAGAACAGCAUGCGUUGUGCUGCUGCAGUUGCAGCAGCAGCAGCAACAGCGGAGGGUCGGUAUAGAGACGCGGCACGCCGCGUCAAGUACCAGCCGCUGCAGCAGCAAGGCGAGCAACAGCAGCAGACGGAAGCAGCAGCACACCUGCCGCAGCUGCUGCAGCUGCCUUUAGUCAGCGACAUCUGCGGGCCUGGUGGCGCCUUCCCUUGCUUGCUGCGGUCUCACCGGCCUUUGUACGCGGUAGGAGCAGCAAAAGAAGCGGCAGAAACAGCAGCAGCAUCAGGGCUGAGCAGGGAAGGCAGCGAAGACUGCGUGCUGCAGCAACAACAGCAGCAGCAACAGCUGCAGCAGCUGCUGCAUAGGCAGGCCGGCGCUGUGGGAGUGGCCGAAUGGGUGGGGAUGCUGCUUUCCCGCGACGUCUCCCUUUACACGGUAACUCAAACUUCACGCCUGUGCGCGUACUCUCGUCUGCUGGCUCGUGUCACCGACAGCAGCAGCAGCAGCAGCAGCAGCAGCAGCAGCCCCGUAUUUCCGUACGGAGUCUUCUCCCCACUAUCUGCCAUGCGGUCAGCCUUUGAGUUCACAGGAGUUAUUGCUGCACAUCCCUUUUUGCCCAUUUUUGCUGCGCUGCUGAGGGCCCCACAGGGACAGACAGAAAAGGGGGGGCCUUCAGUGAUAACUCCUGUGCUGCGGCCAUUUGGUUCGGGGGCUCGGAGCCUUCCGAGGUCCCCUCCCGCAGCUGCUGCAGCUGCUGCAGCUGUUGCAGCAGCAGCAGGUUCUCGUGCUGCAGCUGCGGACUCUGCAGCAGCAGCAGCUGCGGCAGCAAGUGACAAAAGCGGCUCAGACGUGCAGCGCCUCGACACUUUAGAACGAAGUGCAACCGAAGUCCACGAGCAGCCGCUGCAGCAGCAGCCACAGCAGCUGCAGCGACAGCAGUCUGGAAAGAAGGGACUGCACGCGCUUCCCUUGCUGUUGCGUUUGCAGCAGCAGCAGGUCGGGCCUUCCGGGCAAGCGCGGGCAGUUGCUGCAAGCUUGGCUGCAGCAGCAGCAAAUGAAGUGACAUGUGCUGCGUGGGUGCCCCAAGGAGAUAGUAUCCUUGUUUGUGAUGCAGCAGGAUGGGCCUACCUCUUUUGUUUGCUGCGAGGUCCUCUGCUGUCCCCUUCUCUCGUAGCAGAAGCCCUAAGCGCCUCUGCUGCAGCAGCAGCUGCUGCUGCGCAAGCUGUUGCAUCUGCUACGGCUAGGCCUGCUGCAGCAGACAACAGCUUGACGCCUGCGAGCCGCAGCAGCAGCACAAAUAUGCGCAGCAGCAACAGCGCCAGCUAUGAUCUGCAGCAGCAGCGCGCCUGCAGGCCGGCACUUUGCUGGAGGCCCCACACUGUGACGCAGCAAAUAGCAGCAGCUGAUGGCAGCGGCGCCUUUGCUGUCACACUAGGCGUUGGGCUGCCGCAGCAGCUGCUGCAGCAAGACACUUCAUUAAUUGCGGGUGCUGCUGGACCCCGAAGUCUGCUGCAGCGUUUGGGAUCGGGGGAGACUGCAUGCGGCGACACAGGGGCUCCUUUUGUUGCGGGCAGCAACCACUGCAGCAGCAGCAGCAGCAGGGGGGCAUUGUUCAGAAGCAAAUUUAAAAAGAGGCCCAAUGCCCUGAAGCUGUUCGGGAGCCUUCGCACGACAGCAAAGGAGGGCGUUGUCUCUCGCCUGCUGCAUUCUCGCUUCUUCGCCUUCAAAUUUCCUGCUGCUGCAGCGUUGCAGCAGCAAAGACGGGAUGCAGCAGCAGCACCAGCAGCUCCUUUUGUCGGGGGGGCCCCCAGGGCCCUCUCGUGGAGAGCGCGGGCCUUUAGAAUUUCCUCCAGAGGCUCUCGUGGCCUUCUGCGGGGACUUGGGGGCCCUAUGUCUGCUAAUGGCAGCACCAAGGGUGCUGGUGCUCCCGCGAAGCAGCGGCAGCAGCGCCCGCAGCAGCAGCAGCAGCAUGCAGACGGGGAGGAAGAUGAAGAGGCUUGGUUCGACUCGGCUGCAUGGACUGCCAGUCUGUGGGGUUUGGGAUCUUCUGCUUCUGCAGACUGUGAAGGCUCUGCAGAGAGCUCAGGUGUACAUACACCUGACAGCAGCUCCCGCUGCAGCAUGCCAGCUAUCGAGGGCCCCUGCUUCGGCGUGUGGCAGCUAACGAGUGUGGGGCCCUCAGGGGGCCCCCGCCUGAUUUCUGUCAUAACUUGUGACGAUUUGCUGCAGACGCGCGCCCGUCUUGCCAACUCUGCUGCUGCUCCUGCUGCAGGAAAAGCAGCAAAAAAGCAAGCAGCAGCAGCCGGCGAAGGCAGCACCUGGUCCGUCGAGGCCACGCACAUCCCCACGUGCUUCUGCAUGGCUGUGCUUCAGGAGGGCCCUGCCUGCUGCACUGCGUGUCUUGCAGCAGCAGCAGGGUGUUCAGGCAGCUGCUGCAGCAGCAACCUGACAUCCACCUGCUGCGGGGGCAGCUGCGCUGCGCUGCGCUGCGUUGUUUACGGUGACACAGAGGGCACAGUGCAUGCAGUGGACUUGGGGCUUGAAGAAGAAGUACUGCGCUGGGAAGCCCACAGGGGGUCAUCUAUUGUUUCUGUGUCUGUCUCCCGAGCUUCGGGCUGGGGCAGCGCAGCACCGGAGGUGUGGCUCGUUACUGCUGCUGCUGCUGGCGUAGGCGGCAGCAGCAGCAGCAGCGAGGGAACCGUGCUGCGCUGCUGGUCCAUAGUGGGGCUAGGAGAGGGGGGCCCCGUGCUGCUGCAUCAGCUGCAUGUAAGUGCCGACGCAGUGAUGCCUCCUGGGGUAUCGGCCCGGCUCUCAGCGGCUCCGGGCCGCGGCGCAGCAGCAGCAGCAGCACCCGCAGCAGCAGCAGCAGCAGCAGGGGGCUCGAACGCACUCGCCCGCCUCCUCGGAGCCUACAAAACAGCGGACACUGAGGAACACGACAAAGACCAACAGGCCACAGUGUUCAGCUUGGGGGGCCGCAGCAGUUUGGUUGUAGAGGGUGGCGAUAUGCUGCUGCUGGCUAGGGUUUAA